AUGUAUCAGUCUUUAAGUGAGAGUGAAGGUGGUAUGCAUGGAUGCAUUCAAGAUGCACUUGAAUUCUUUCCUGAUAUUAAUCAUGUAGCAAGAGCUAAGUGUGAUCAUCACAUUGAGAAUAGAGAGAGGUGCAGUUCACAACCACAUAGUCUCUUAAAAGGAUUUCAGAAAGAUGCUAGUGGGCAAGUGGGUGUUGUAUCCAAUGGACAUUUAGAUAGCUUAAAUCAUCGCUCAGUCACUGAGAUGUGUCAUCAUACUUGUUUUGAUAUUCUAACAUCAGAAAAGUUUACCUCACUCUGCAAGCUUUUGUUAGAAAACUUCCAAGAAAUAAAGAUUGACAUGUUUUUUGACGUGGGGGGUUUAGUUCGCAGCGCAUCUGAAGAUGGAAAACAAGAGUUCUGCCGCUGGGAAUCUAACGCUCACACUAAGGUGGAUCGGGGAGAGGAUUGUUGUGAAUACAGAAAUUUCCCUUGUAGGCAUUGUGGAUACAAAGAAGAUGGGAGGGACUGUCUAGUUUGUGAUUCAUGUGAGGAGAUGUAUCACAUAUCCUGCAUUGAACCAGCUGUUGAAGAGAUUCCCCCAAAAAGUUGGUAUUGUGCUGCUUGCACUGCCUGUGGAAUUCGUUCACAUCGUGAAAAUUGUGUGGUGUGUGAGAGGAUGAAUAAGACUGUGGUCAAGGGUGUUGGUAAUGGAAGUUCUUGUACAAAUGAAGAGGCACUUGAACUGGGUGAUGAUUCAAACUGUGGUACAUGUGAAGAAAAAGAAUCAAAAAAGAGUGAAAGGAUAGAACGCUGUAAAAUUUGUGAAAGUGAGAUACGAGAAGGUGAGAAGGUAAAAUUAUGCGACCAUCAAUUCUGCCCCUUUAAACUCUAUCAUGCAAGGUGUUUGACAAAAAAGCAGCUAAAAUCGUAUGGUACUACUGGCUGGUACUGGCCGUCUUGCUUGUCCAGAUCUUGUCUUACUAAUAAAGAUGAUGAUGAUAUCAUUAUAUGUGAUGCCUGCGAUUGUGCAUACCAUAUCUAUUGUCUGAAACCAGAAUUGACUAGUUUUCCAGAGGGACAGUGGUUUUGCAGAUCGUGUGCAGAUAAAUUGCACGCAAUAAGGACAGCAAAAAGGGCAUAUGAGAAUUCUGAAAACAAACAGAAAAAGAAACGCAGUGGAAGAAUAGUGACAUUUGAAAAUCAUGGAAAGUGGAAAAGUAAAGGAAUCAUGGGAUCAGAUAAAGGUGGAGGAAUGGAGAUGCUGUUAACUGCAGUCAAUACUCUUAACUAUGAAGAGGAUUUGGCUGGCAUUUAG